AUGAUAUAUCUUGUGACAUACAAUGAAGUACCUGGCUGGAUUCCUAAUUAUGAUUUUCGUCAAUGGGCUGCAGCCUAUUUUCGUGCACUUAAAACGUUCUGUUCAGUUGCCAUUGCAACUGUGAGUAAUAUUCCAGAGAGUUUUCUAUCUUCAAUUUCAGUCAACAAUAAAAUCAUAUUAAAAGAUGAAUUCGAUAGACAAAUGAAUGUUACAAUGCAACAUCUACAAACAACAAUGCCUAGUACGUUUAUGCAAGCUUUGACAUUGAUUCAAAUCACGAGUCAAGGCAACAGUUUGAUAAAUGUCUUUUCAACCAAUUGGUAUUUUACUUCGAGUGAGAAUCAAAGUAAUAUGACUAAUUUGGAAAGUCGACCAGUUAUCAAUUUAACAAUUCUUCAUGUUAUUGAUGGACUUCAAUUUGGUUGUACAAUUCUAGAAUCACUUCUUCUUUCAUCUUUAGAAUGUUUCUACUCAUCUGCAUGUAUACAAGCAUUACUCGAUGCUAUGCCUCUAGGUAAUGGUUGGCAUAGUUGGCAAUAUGAUACUCCACCAAAUUAA